CUGCUUCCAGCCCGGUAAAUACACGGACCGGCUCUGAUGAGGGCUUCCGCAUUGUGGAUGAACAACUAGACAAUGCACACGAGGAAAUAACAACCAAGCAGAUUUUUGAGUACGAUCUUAUGGGGGGACCGGACUGGACUCAAAGAAUAGAGAAAGAAGAUUUGGCCUACCAAUCCCUUCUAGCGGGGAGAAGAGUAGCUCUGAGGAACAAGGCUAGAGAAUUCCGCCUCAGCCCUCCAGAAACCCAACCUUGGCGUAGCGAUGACCCUGAAAGACUGAAGAUGGACAUCGACUCUCUGGAGAUGGAGAAAGAGAGACUACGUCUUUUCAACCAGAGAAUGCUUGGUAAAGAGCUUGACGGUAUGAGCUACUCCGAGCUGUUCGUGUUUAGCUUUGAGAUAUCGGGUGCUAUCAUGAAAGUUGUGUCGAUGAAGAAGAUAAAACGUGACGAAGAGAUGGGGAAGACAAAACGUCCAAGGCCGUCGGUCAACAAGGAGCCAAUCUCCCCGGGACAGAUAUGAUGGUGGUGGCAGGCUCU